UGGUGUCACAUGGCUGCUGCACGUUAAAAACGCACAGAGCUGCAGCAGAGAAACUUCUUCUCCCUUCACACACUCUCUGAGCAUCAUCACACAAACACACACACACACAGACACACACAGAGGUCCUUUCACCUGAGGAGAGAAGAUGGACGCUGCUUACAAGAAAGUCAACGGGAGCUCUGGUCCUGAGGCAGAGGCUGAAAACCAAGGCUCAGGGAGGAGACGAGGCUCCAUGUACCUGGAGGAGGAGACCAACAAGAAGUCCGAGGUCAUCUCCUGCAUCUUCUCCCUGAAGGAGGAGGUGGGUGCUCUGGCCAGGGCUCUGCGGCUCUUUGAGGACAAGGGCAUCAACCUGACGCACAUCGAGUCCCGUCCAUCGGGGACGGACAAAUACCAGUACGAGUUCUUCAUCAGCGUGGACCCCAGCUGCUCCCAGGCCCUGGACGAGGUCAUCGAGUGCCUGCGCACGCAGAUCAGCGGCUGCGUGCACGAGCUGUCCCGCAACAAACAGAAGGACCACAGGUGAGGCCAGAUGCCGUGGUUCCCUAAUGACAUCCAGGACCUGGACCGCUUCGCCAACCAGAUCCUCAGUUACGGCUCGGAGCUGGACUCUGAUCACCGAGGCGGAGUGCACGAUGCCCAUCUAACAUGGCUGUCCUUUGUGUGUGUGUGUGUGUGUGUGUGUGUUUGUGUGUGUGUGUGUGUGUGUGUGUGUGUGUGCGCUCAGGGCUUCACAGAUCCAGUCUACAGAAGCCGCAGGAAGGAGUUUGCCGACAUUGCCUACAACUACAGACAUGGCCAAAUCAUCCCCAGAGUGGAGUACACAGAGGAGGAGAAGCUCACAUGGGGGACGGUGUUCAAGGAGCUGAAGACUCUGUACCCGACUCACGCCUGCCGCGAGCACAACCGGGUCUUCCCCCUGCUGGAGAAGUACUGCGGCUACACCCAGGACAACAUCCCUCAGCUGGAGGACGUCUCCCGCUUCCUGCAGUCGUGCACGGGCUUCCGGCUUCGCCCGGUGGCCGGCCUGCUCUCGUCCCGGGACUUCCUGGGCGGACUGGCCUUCCGCGUCUUCCAUUCCACCCAGUACAUCCGCCACAGCUCCAAGCCCACGUACACACCUGAGCCGGACAUCUGCCACGAGCUGCUGGGACACGUCCCUCUGUUCGCUGACCCGGGUUUCGCUCAGUUCUCACAGGAAAUUGGACUCGCCUCCCUUGGGGCCCCGGACGAGUACAUUGAGAAACUUGCCACCGUGUACUGGUUCACCGUGGAGUUCGGCCUGUGUAAGCAGGGUUCGGAGAUUAAAGCUUUCGGAGCUGGACUGCUUUCAUCGUUCGGCGAGCUGCAGUACUCCUUGACAGACAAACCCUCACUGCAGCCCUUUGACCCGGAGAAGACCAGCAUGCAGAAGUAUCCCAUCACAGAGUACCAGCCGGUCUACUUUGUGGCUGAGAGCUUCGAAGAUGCCAAAGACAAAGUCCGGAACUUUGCCGGCACCAUCCCCCGGCCCUUCACCGUGCGGUACAACCCCUACACCCAGAGCAUUGAAGUGCUCGAUAACACCAAGCAGCUCAGGAACCUGGCCGACAGCAUCGGCAGUGAAAUGGGGAAACUGUGUGAAGCCCUGAGGAAACUGGCAUAAAGGAGAAAGAAGCUGAAUCUGCCUGACGAUCACUUUCCUUCUUUCCCUUCUUCAUUGAAACAGUCGCUCUUUUAUUAGACUGCGGAACUAAACUGUUACGCAGAUUCGUUUUUCUUUACAUUGUAACAAAUAUGCAAUCAAAUAAUAAUGAUAUAAAUAUAGAUAUAUAGAUAUAUUAUCCAAUUAGUAGCAAAUACUCUAUGUGUAUUUCAGUUAAGUGAAUUUAGUGUACCAUAUGCAGGACAAUAAGGAACGUGGCAAUAUAAAAUGUGUUACAGUAAAAACGUUAACUUUGUCCAUCAACAUCUUAUUGACUUGAAUCUAAAACCUUGUAAACAUAUAAUUUUUGUUUGAUGCCAAACGACAACUGCAAUGAUCUUAUUUUUUUCUAUGCAUUUUAAAGCUAAAACUUACUGAGGGAUCAUUUUUGUCGCUAAAGCUUUAAUUUUUGCUUUGCUGGAAUAAAUGUUUUGUAUCUGCAUGAAAUGUUUUACUGAAGAAAAUAAACUUUACUACUCUUGGAACUUUAA